AGAAGGAGGGAUUGGAAGUGAGGGAAAAGACAGAAGGAGAGGGAGAUAUCUUUGUGUAAACGGUAGCUGUUGUCCUUUCUGGAAGCGGCUCCUCAUUGGCCAACCAGAAGCCCCCCUGUGUGAAGGAAGUAUCACCAGGGAAACUUCGUCUCGCUGCCUCUGUGCGUGUUUUCCUCCUUGCCAGGGUUAUUUUUAAAUAGCAUUCAGCUUCCUGCUCAGACUAGAGACUACAAGCCACAGCAUCCCUGUUUUGUUGUUUUCAGGAUUAGCCAGUUGACAAAUCAAGAAAAAGAAAAGCAGCAAUGUUCUCCUCUUCUCCUUUCCCACAGUUACAUUGCAUGCUCUUUGCAAAAAUGGGGGACGACCGACCUUUUGUGUGCAAUGCUCCCGGCUGUGGACAGAGGUUUACAAACGAGGACCACUUGGCUGUACACAAACACAAACAUGAGAUGACACUGAAAUUUGGACCAGCCAGGACUGACUCCGUCAUUAUUGCAGACCAGACACCUACUCCCACCCGCUUCCUAAAGAACUGCGAGGAGGUUGGUCUGUUCAACGAGCUGGCCAGCUCCUUCGAACAAGACGAUGAUGACAAGAGAGCAAAGAACUCUCUCCCUGCUCCCAACUCUGUUGCUUUGGACAUGAGCCUGCAGACGCCAUCAGAUGUGAAGGUGAAAAAGGAGGCACCAGUGGAGGUGGACUCCUCACCACCAAGCAGCCCUGACUCCUUCUCAGACAAUUCAGACAGCACCAUAGAACCUCUGGUAAAGGCAAAGGACACACCACCCAGAAGUUCGGCCCCCACGCCGACUAUUGUGCGUCCAGGUUCCCUCCCACUACACUUGGGCUUCGAUGCCCUUCAGCCCACCAUGCCGUCACCCACCUCUGUCAUCACACAGGCCCCGCCUUCCAAUCGUACUCUGGGUUCACCAACCAGCCACUACCCCAUGAUGAUGCUUCCCUCUGGCCAGGCAGUGCCUGUGCUCCCUGGUCCUGUACAGAUGCCCUCUGUCAUUAAUCUGGCCCGACCCAUGUGCAUGGUACCCAACAUUCCUGGGAUCCCUGGUCCUCCUCUGGGAGGCAGCAGCAGUGGCUCUAACUCCCCUUCUGGCUACAGCAUCCAGUCAGAGGCCAAGAUGCGUCUGAAGGCUGCGCUGUCCCAGCAGAGCCCAGGACAGAGCAUGGGUAUAAUGGCCAUGGGCGGCAGCCCCAUGGUACCUCAGAGGGCAGAGCAGAGCCAGCUGCUUGUCCAACAUCCAGAUGCUCCGUCACCUGCACAACCUCAGGUAUCUCCAGCACAACCUACAGGUGGGCGGCGGCGGCGGACAGCAGAUGAUGACCCAGAUGAGCGAAGGCAGCGCUUCCUCGAGAGGAAUCGGGCCGCGGCGUCACGCUGCAGACAGAAACGCAAACUGUGGGUCAACUCCCUAGAGAAGAAGGCUGAGGAGCUGAGCACCAUGAACGUCUCGCUGUCGAAUGAAGUGUCUCUGUUGAGAAACGAGGUGGCUCAUUUGAAGCAGCUGCUGCUGGCCCAUAAGGACUGUCCCGUGACAACCCUACAGAAGAAGAAUGCCUACUUAGUUGUAGAAGAGAGCAUGAAAGACACCUCCGAACCUACAGGUUCCCCUGCCCCGGUGAUCCAGCACAGCUCUUUGGCGCACAGCCCCUCCACAGGGCAGAACGGCCUGAGCUCAAGGGCAGCAGCUGAGGCCAUGGCUAUGUCUGUGCUGGCAGGAAUGGGCCAGCAGCAGAGAGAGAGUGGACCCUCUCACAUUAUCAUGGCUGCACAGUCUCAAUCUGCUGCCAGAUGAUGAGCGAUGCCACCACGGCUCAGACUUGGCUCACACUCGUCACCUAGGGGUAAAGAAGAGCAGAACCCCCCACCCCUUCCCCCUUUCCUACCCCUCUCUACUUCCCCCAUCUCCAGACUGGGGAAGUGGAGGGAGGGUGGUGGGUAGGGGGAUUUCUAAUGUUCCCCUUCCCUCUUCCCUGUGCUCCUCUGCUCUCUCUGACCCCUCUGAUGGAGCCAUCACGCUGUGGCCUGGAGCUCAGCAGCAGCCUUCUGGGAAUGGACUGAGACUUUUGAGAGAGCUUCCUGUUCACUUUGCCAUAGACUACAGGGGCUGGACUCCAACCUCCCCACCCUCACCCCCUCUCCCCCUAUGCCUCCCCACUCAUCUCUCCUCACCCUCAGUCAAAAUGACUUUUCACUGGACUGUAGGGCUGCGUCGCUCUGAGUGUACUGCCGUAACGAACUUCCCAUGUGAACAUGUAACACACACACACACACACACACACACACACACACACACACACACACACACACACACACACGCACAGUUUUCAAAGACGCAGGUGUUGCAUAAACAUUCUCGAUCAAAUCAGAUACCAAACAACACACAGGGCUUCACACUGUUUUCAGCAGGGAAUAGUGCCUUGUGCUCCUCCACUUUUUAUUCAUGCACACGCCCACACGUGUCAUCACAGCAUACAUCCCUAUACAUUCUUGGCUCCAAAGAUGCAGUAGUUGUCUAGACUUCAGUGACUCAGAUGUUCACAUCUCAAAUAUUCACCCAAACCUUUUGUAAGUGUUUGCACCUCAAGGUGAUUUCAACAUGGACCCAAAACCCCUUACCUCAUUUACACCCCUUUAAGAUAAGAUUUAUAAAAUGUGUGUGAUUGGCUCUGUGUGUAUGUAUUUAUGUACAUCAGAACAUAGCAGUUUGCCUACUCCUAUCUGAUACGUUAAUAGCUAGAUUGUUAGCAUGUGACUUUUUCUAUUAGGGUGUUAUGUCCUUGAUACAGUAUGUGCAGCUAUAUUUUUUUUAGUUAUUUGGCACAUCUUCCCAGAUUAGUACUCAGAACCAAAAUAUGUUAAAUUAUAAAAGACAGUAUAGUAUCUUAAAAUCUGUUUGUUUGAGCAAUAAUUUUUUCUGAUCUGAAGGGAAUUCAGCCUCUACCCUCUUUCUCAUGUUUCCUCUAAAACAGGCAGUUUUACUGUUUAUUAGUUUUUAAAUAAGUGGAUACCUUUUCCAUUUUAUAUGAAACUAUUCUAGUGACUGUGUUACUCUGUGUUGGCCCUGGACUUACUGUAACUGUUAAUUUCACACUUCUCAGGAUGGUUGCACAUCCUUGCUGCUCGUUGGAAGUGCGAUGAAUCCCUUAUGCUCUUUACCAAACCUAAACUAAGCCAUAAUAACAAAACAAAACAAAAAACAAACAAACAAAAAAAAAAAUCCAGAUCUCUGAAUGUCCAAAGACCACCUGGUACUUGUCCUCGGAAAGGAAGUAAAUAGCCUGACUGUUAUUUUGUGGUUCAGAGGUCACAGUGACACAAUCUACAGUAUUAUCACUGCUUGUUACUUGCACUUACGUACAGUUUCACACACAAUGUCUAAUAAUUAUGCCUUAAUAUCACGUUGGUGCCUCCGACAUCCCCACUUAAAUACACACAGAUUUGCUCGUGACAAACAGUGUAUAUUCAGAAAAAUGUGUUUAAUUUGUUCAUUUAAUCAAAACGAAAAAUAGCCAAUGAGGAACAGAAGAUCUACAUACAUGUUGAAAAGUCCCAUAAAGCAUUUUUAAAUUCAUGGUUUAUUUAACCAUCAGCCUCUUUUCAGUGACUUGUCUGUCAUCUGGUGGAGAAAUGCAGCAAAGACAUCUUCACUGAUCGAAGCCUUGAGGGAGGAAAAAGUUCAGAUUUCUUGUGACCAUUUCUGAAUGACUCCACUUCUUCAGAAAUCCCGCCAACAUAUUUUAUCAAUAUAUUAGUUACAUAAACACCUAAACAAGUGGUUUGCUUUUCUUGUUUUUCUUUAUAUAUUUCUGUCCCUCUUUUGGCUGGUAUGGUCAUAUAUUUGCAAGAUGUGAUAUUGUAAAAACAAGAUAUCUGUCCAUUAUCAUAAGGGCAUGUCUUUAUGCACUAAAAUAUUGCAAGUUUAUUGCUUUGUAUUUUUGUUCAUUUUAAGGUUUUGCGGUUUUUGUGUCCUCUCGGCCUUUUUGGUAAUAUCAAAUCCUUUAAAAAAAACAAAAAAACAUUACAUUUUUCUCUUAUCUGUACUGUAUACAUGAAUGGGAAUUUUGCUCAGCAACUUUAAUACCUUUUCACCUUUGACUGAACUUCUCCUACAGUCCCAAUGGCGACCCCCUCCCUCCCCUGGCAUUUUGUUGUACUUUGAAGCUGGCACUAUAUUUGUCUGGCAGUCCCUUAUAGACGAUUGUUCAUAUGGAAUGAAAAUUCAAACUAUAUUUAGCUUUCAUGUUUUCAUGUAAUUCAUGUCAUUGGCACCUUUUCUGUCAUUUGUUUUCUUUUGUUGUGUGCUGUUUUCAGCACUAUACAACUUUUGUCAUAACGCUUCUGAUUGUACUGAUGAAUAUAGAAACUAAUUUCUUUAACAAGUGGAUUUAUUUUUGUUUGUUUUCUCUACAGAAAAAAUUUCAUUAGUCCUUCAAAAAAAGAGAUUUUGUCCCCUUUGUUAUUUCUUCUAAGAUGAAUUUGGUAUUUUGACUCCCUGUCUAACUUAUUUUUUAUAAUUGGUCAAAUAACAAUCAUCCUUACAGUCUUUGGCAUAUUGAUUUUACCCAGAAUUGUUGUGGAAAAAGCAAUUUAAUGAAAAAUGCAACAAUGUGAAAGUUGCACAUAGUAUAUGAAUAGUUUUUCACACUCCCAUUGUUGGACUGAUGAUUUCAAAAUUUGUCCUUGUACUGUACAUAUCUGUACUAUAUGAAUAUAUUUACUUUUCCAUGCAUGUCCAAGUGGAAUACUAUGAACACUUACAGUGCUGCAGUUUUAAUUAAAGAAACUACAUCUU